CUUCCCGUCGCCGCGCUCUCCUACCCGUGGCUGACCAAGGACCACCCCGACCCGCUCGGAGCCAACCUCACCCGCGUCGCGAGGGCGCUCAAGGCCCUGCUCACUGACAAUAACGGCAUGAUCACGCGGCUCGGCGUCUUCUGGGACUUCGGCUCGCUGCACCAGCACCCCGACCCCCCCAACGGCGUCCUGCGCACCGAGGAGCAGAACGCGCUCUUCAAGCAGGGUUUGGGCUGCCUCGGCACGCUCUACUCCCACAAGCACACUUGGGUGCUGCGGCUGACCUCCUUCCCGGACGGCCACAAGGCGGAGGAGCAGGCCGAGGGCACCAACGUGGCCAAGUACUUUCACCGCGGCUGGUGCUUCACGGAGCAGUGCUGGGCUGGCCUGACAAAGGCUGGCUACCUCUCGCUCGACCUCGGCAAGAUGCGCGACGGCGUGAAGUACGAUUGUGACAGCCUCAUCGACGACUGCACCCAGGCCGGCGGCCGGCGCCCUCCGCUGCUGCCGUCUGCGUUCGCGGCGGAGCUUGAGAAGAAGAGCUUCACCAACGGCAAGGACGACAAGCCGCUGGUGAAGCGGCUGUACGAGGCCGCCUUCAACGAGCAGUUUGGCAAGGCGACCGCGCUGCUCUACCAGGACCUCGGCUGGGGCGACGCGGAGGCGGCGCAGCUGGCGGAGGUCCUCGCGAGCGGGGCAGCCCCGCGGCUCGAGACGCUCUAUCUCAACGAAAACGAGAUUGGCGACGAGGGCUGCAAGGCGCUGGCCGCCGCCCUCAAGGAGGGGGCCGCCCCGAGCCUGAAGGCGCGGGUGGACAACACGGAGCAGCCUGAGCUGGUGGCCGUGUGCAAGAAGCGCGGCAUCCACCUGUCCCGCUUCUGAGCCUCUCCAGCCCCGGCCGGGCGGCAAGGGCGCGG